AUGCUAGAACGGAUUCAGCAGCUGGUAAAUGCAGUGAACGAUCCACGCUCAGAUGUGGCCACUAAGAGACAAGCCAUCGAGCUGCUAAAUGGGAUUAAAUCAUCAGAGAAUGCAUUGGAAAUCUUUAUAUCAUUGGUCAUCAACGAGAAUUCAAAUGAUUUGUUGAAGUUUUACGGACUGUCCACAUUGAUAGAAUUGAUGACGGAGGGCGUGAACGCUAAUCCAAAUGGUUUGAAUCUGGUAAAGUUUGAAAUAACCAAAUGGCUCAAAUUUCAAGUUUUGGGCAAUAAGCAAACUAAGCUGCCUGACUUUUUAAUGAAUAAGAUUUCUGAAGUGCUGACUACUUUGUUUAUGUUAAUGUACAGUGAUUGUAAUGGAAACCAGUGGAACAGUUUUUUUGACGAUCUGAUGAGUCUAUUCCAAGUGGAUUCGGCUAUUUCCAAUACGAGCCCGUCUACCGAUGGUAACAUUCUUCUAGGUCUUGAAUUUUUUAACAAGCUCUGUUUGAUGAUUAAUUCGGAGAUUGCUGACCAAAGCUUUAUUAGGUCUAAGGAAUCUCAGUUAAAAAAUAACAAUAUAAAAGAUUGGAUGCGUGAUAACGAUAUCAUGAAAUUGAGUAAUGUGUGGUUUCAGUGUUUAAAACUGGACGAACAAAUUGUGUCACAAUGUCCCGGAUUGAUCAAUUCUACCUUGGAUUGUAUUGGGAGUUUUAUCUCAUGGAUCGAUAUUAAUUUAAUUAUUGAUGCAAAUAAUUAUUAUCUGCAAUUAAUCUAUAAAUUUUUAAAUCUUAAAGAAACCAAAAUUUCAUGUUAUAAUUGCAUACUGGCCAUCAUCUCUAAAAAAAUGAAACCAAUGGACAAACUGGCUUUUCUGAAUAUGAUCAAUUUGACCAACGAAUUGACUUACUAUCAUCAAGCCAUAUCAAUGAAUCCCCAAAUUAUUACAUUUGAUAAUUUAGAAGUCUGGGAAAGUUUGACCAAGUUGAUUACUUCCUUUGGCAUAGAAUUUACUAUCAUUAUUGAACAAGUCAACGAUGAUCAAAAAUUGGAUACAUUAUACAAACAAUCGGUCAUUUCAAAUGUUGAUUCCAUAUUAUUGGAGAAAAUAAUACCAAUACUUUUGGAAUUUAUGAAUAAUGAGUUUGAUUCAAUAACAGCAAAAACCUUCCCAUUCUGGUCAAAUUAUCUGGCUUUCUUGAAAAAAUAUAAAGCAUCUUCACCAAAUUUUGUACCAUUGCAUAAGGAUUUUCUAGAUAAUUUCCAACAAAUUUGCUUUAAAAGAAUGAAGUUUUCAGACGACGAGGUCACACAGGAUGAUUUUGAGGAAUUCAACGAAACCGUAAGAUUUAAAUUAAAAAAUUUCCAGGAGAUCAUCGUGGUAAUUGACCCAAGUCUGUUUUUAAAUAACAUUUCUCAAGAAAUUUCAGCAAACCUAAUGAAUUGUAAAAACGAAAGCUGGCAAAUUUUCGAGCUAACUAUUUAUCAAAUCUUCAAUUUAAGUGAAUGUACCAAGAACAACUAUUUCGGUUUGAACAAGAAUGAAAUUAUGACCUCACAACCUUCGCUAACUUUAGUACGAUUUUUAAAUGAAUUGUUAAUGAUGAAGGAUUUCUUAUUAGCCAUUGAUAACGAACAAAUCCAAAUACUAUUCAUGGAAUUAAUUGUGAAAAACUACAAUUUCAUAUUUUCAACUAGUGCUAACACAGCAAAUGCUACUGAUGAUGAUGAAAAGUAUCUAUUAAUAUUGAAUAUUUUCAUGAGCUCAUUUGCUAUGUUCAAUAAAAGAGAAAACGUCAGACUAAGGUCAUGGUAUUUAUUUACAAGAUUCUUGAAGUUGACAAGAAUCAAUUUGAAAAAAAUCCUCUUUGCCAACAAAAAUUUGGUUAAUGAAAUAACUAAUAAGAUAAGUCCUCUACUUCACAUAAAAGUAACAUCUAUCAACGCCCAAGGGACGGAUGACAAUGAUACAAUUUUUGAUAAUCAGUUGUACAUAUUUGAGGGUAUUGGGUUUAUAAUCACAUUGAAUAAUAGCAGUCAGGAGCUCACUGCUGCCACUGCCAACACCCCCAUCGAUUACGAUAUAUUGGACCAGAUAUUAACUCCGCUAUUUACACAAUUAGAGGGUUGUAUUACCCAAGGAGCUUCGCCAGUUGUGAUUCUGGAAUGUCAUCACAUUCUUAUGGCUAUUGGUACUUUAGCGAGAGGUUUGCACAUUGGUCUCGUCCCUGAGAAUCAGGUCAACAAUAUGGUUGUCAACAAAAAAUUAAUCAAUGACUCUUUAAUCCAUAAAUUCUCUAAUAUAGCUGAGGUUAUAUUAGUAACAUUCUCUUUUUUCAAUAAGUUCGAAAAUAUCCGCGAUGCAUCUAGGUUUACCUUUGCCAGGUUAAUUCCAAUUUUAAGUAAUAAAAUUUUACCAUUUAUCAAUAAAUUGAUUGAAUUGAUCUUAUCGUCCACAGAUUUAAAAUCAUGGGAGAUGAUUGAUUUUCUUGGGUUCUUAUCUCAACUGAUUCAUAUGUUUCACACGGACACAGACUGUUAUCAGCUGUUUAACCAGUUACUUACUCCGCUUAUCAACAAAGUCCAUUCUAUUAUCGAAGAGAUUGAUGAACAACACGACCAACAAUCAAGCAGUAACAAACCUAUAGACACUGCAGUCACAGCCACCUCCGUAAAUAAGAAUAUCGUGGUCACCGAUUCGUAUAGAGAUAAAAUACUAUUGAAAAAGGCUUACUGCACAUUUUUACAGUCAUUUACUAAUAAUUCCGUCACUUCGAUACUAUUGUCAGAUAUAAACAGAGCAAUCCUGCCGGUCAUAUUAAACGAUUUGGUCACCUAUACGCCGCAAGAGAUCCAGGAAACAUCAAUGAUGAAAGUGUCACUCAAUGUAUUGUGCAAUUUUAUCAAAUGUUUUGGGAAUGGGACCUGCUUGGAUAAUGACGACAUCAAUAAAGAUCCCAACCUUAAAAUAGAUGGUCUCAACGAAUACUUCAUCAUGAAAUGUGUCCCAAUAAUCUUUGAAAUUCCGUUCAAUCCAAUAUACAAGUUCAAUAUCAAAGAAGGGAAUUUCAAAACAAUGGCAUAUGAUUUGGCAAGAUUACUGAGGGAGCUAUUUAUCGUCAGCAGCAACCCCACCACAAAUGAGAAUGAAUGUGUAAAAUAUUUAACUCAGAUCUACCUUCCACAAAUCCAAUUACCACAGGAAUUGACGAUUCAGUUGGUUAAUAUGUUAACCACAAUGGGUCAAAAGCAAUUCGAAAAAUGGUUUGUAGAUAAUUUCAUUUCUGUUUUAAAGCAAGGUCAAUAG